UCCUUUAUGAUUUAAGUUACAUUUGUUAGUUUGUGUUUGUUUGCAUAACUGUUAGUAGGUUAGCUCUUAUUUCUACUUUAAUGCUUUUGCCCUAGGUGAAAAUGAAAGAUUUUAAAAUCCAUUUUAGGCAAAUGGGGAAACAGGUUUUUUUGCCUUUAAAUUGUGGUUGAACUAGAAGGAAGUUGGCUUACUGUUAGGAUGUAGGAUCUUAUAGCACAUGUAUAUGAAUCUCCUUUCACACACCCUUUCCUCCAAAGUAACCUGUGCUGUGGCAUAGGUCCUCAUAUUAACAAAAGAACAAGAAAAUAAAAUUAAGAAAUCAUUACUUUGCCGUAUAACAAAGAAUUACAGAAAGUCUUAAAUGUAGAUUGUGUUUAAAUUCAGUAUUUCUAAUAUCUUAUUUCAAUGGCCUAAAGAUAAUAACCACAGAACAAGUAAUUCUUAGUGGUAGCAAUAAUUUAAAAGGGAUUAGGAGAGCUUCCCUGAUGGUCCAGUGGUUAAGAAUUCACCUGCCAAUGCAGAGGACACAAAUUCAGUCCCUAGUCUGGGACGAUUCUACCUGCCGUGGGUAUGCCACAGCUCUAAACCCACUUGCCCUAGAGCCCAUGCUCUGCAACAAGAGAAGCCUGUGCACUGCAACAGAGAGUAGCCUCCGCUGACUACAACUAGAGAAAGCCCACACAUAGCAACGAAGACCCACUGCAGCCAAAAAUAAAUAAGAUAAAGGGAUUAGGAUGCAUAACUGGGUAUCAGAUGAUUCCUUUAUUCAUGCAUUUGUUAAUUUAAUCAACAAAUACUUAAAUCCUUGCUCUCUGCCAGAGACUGCUGGCCCUGGGUAUACAUUGGCAAACAAAGCAUUGUCUGCUUUCAUCAAGCUUGUGAUCUGUAAGGGAGAGACAUGAUACACGAUAUAUAAACAUCUAUAAUUCUGUAAGGAAGCUAUAAUGACGUCUUUAUUAGUAAAAACUUAACAGUAAAUGUCAGAAAAGCUUAAGAGCAGCACCGUAUAAUCCUAGAACAGAGGAGAGACAGUGAAUGGUUUGAUUGACUUGAACCAUAGCGGCCUGAUGAUUUGUCAGAGUUAGAAAGCCUAUUCUUAUCUUACGGGAAAUAAAGAGUGUUUGAACAUGAGUUCCUUGAAUUCAAAUCUGUCAUUACUUGCUUCUGUUGGAAAAAGGUUUGAGAAAGAAACUUCGUUGUUGACUUAAUCUAAGGAUGAGGCAAUUUAUUUGAGGUAAGGAACGGACUGAACUGAAAGGAGAAAUAGUGGGAGCCAGUUCUAGUUCUUCAUAAGCUGUGUCUCUACACUGGACUUUAUUUUGUUUUGAGAAGCUCCCAAACAGAAACGUAAGCACUAUAUAUGAUCUUGGGAAAAUGUUUUUAAUAUCAUUUGUUUUCCAUUAAUUUCACACAUCCUUUGGAGUCAGACCAUUCUGGGUUUGAAUUCACCUCUGCUUUAUAACUGUACUGUGUGCAACUUAAUUUUCUUAUCUGUAAAAUGAGGAUCAUAUCAUCUGGAGGAAGUAUAGUAGGUGGUUCAGAGGACAAACUCUGGAGCCAGUUACCUGGGUUCAAAUCUUAGCUUGUUAACUUAAUUGAGAGUAAGUUGGGAAAGUUGCUUAAUUUCUCUGAACCCCAUUUUCCAGAAUGGAGAUAAUAAUAGUUCCUGCCUUUCUUUUAUUGAGAUUUAAUGAGUUAAUAUAUACAAAGCGCUUAUAAUAGUUUAUCACAUAUGGUAAGCACAAGGUAGUUAUUAAUGUUACUAGUUUCAAUUAUUAUCACCUAGGGUAUUAUGAAGGUUAAAUAACUUAUUUAAAAAAUAGUGAUUUGUAUAUUGCCUGACACAGUAAAAAUGUCUCCUAAAUAAUCAGAAACUGAGGAGCAGAUACUGUAUCUCAUUGAGUCUUCAUAUAUACCUGUUUAGAAGAAAUUUGAUUUGUCUUGUUGAUUGUACCUAGGAUAGUUUCUGAUAAACAGUAGACAGUACAUUUUUGGGUUUUGUUUGUUUGUUUUCAAGAAUUGUUUAUUUUAUUUUUGGCUGUGUGGGCUUUUCUCUAGUUGCUGCCAGUGGGGGCCGCUCUCCAGUUGCCUGCACAGGCUUCUCGUUCCAGUGAUUGCUCUUGCUGUGGAGUACCGGCUCUAGGGUGCACAGGCUUCAGUCGUUUUGGGUCCUGGGCUGUAACAGCACAGCCUCAGUAGUUGUGGUCCACAGGCUCAGUUGCUCUGUGGCAUGUGGGACCCUCCUGGACGAGGGAUGGAUCGCAUGUCUCCUGCGUUGAGAGGUGGACUUUUUACCACUGAGUCAUCAGGGAUGCCCAGCAAUCCAUUGUUGAGUUCAUGUUGUCACAUUCUACAAAUAAGUAAACUAAGGCCCAAGAAAGUUGCAAGGUGUUUAUACUGAAAAAUAACAUCACUUUGAGGAGACGUUACUGGAAAGGCCAUUCAUGUCAUCACUUAGAUUUGACCAUAUGUGUUAAUAAUAACUCCCUCUAAUUUUUUCCUUUUUCCUUACCUUUAAAAAAGUUCACUUUCUUUAGUUAGGUUAGAAAAAUUUAGACUAGAGGAACUGUUCACCUUAGAGUUACAAUUAAAGUUGUUAACCUAAUUGAGUAAUGACUUCAAGUUCAGUUUGUAUGGCACUCUUAUUAAAAGUGCAGGGUUAUUUUGUUAAUACUACAGAAUAGAGCAUAAAACAUUUUCCUUUCCUGUUGUGUUUUCUAUAUUCUAGAUUACAUAAGGAAGAAAUUUGACAGAGUAUUGGGUUGACCAAAAAGUUUUGAGUUUUUCUGUAAGAUAUUAUGGAAAGCCCCAAGCAAACUUUAUGGUCAACUCAAUAAUUUCACUAAACUGAGGCUGUAUUACAGUGGUAAAUAUAAUACAAAAUUAGCUCUACCAUAUUUGCUAUUUAAUGAUCCAGAAACAGUGUUUCUAAAUUUCAUGCAUCUGAAAUAUUUUAAUCUUUUGUAGUAUUUAUUAUAAGGAAGGGAGAGGCCAUUUCUUUGGUUAGUAAGUAAAGUUAAAGGCAUUUCUAGAAAUGCAUAUAACCUUGAUGUGUUAUGGCUUGCUUCAAUGAUUAUGAAUCUGUUGAAUAUUAAUCUCAUUUCUCUUAGAUAUUUCCAAGCAAUUAGUUUAUAGAAUACCAGAUUACCAUUAAAAAGCUACAGUAUUAUUUUUAACACCUGCAAGUCAACUCCUAUCUGUAUUAUAUAAUGCAUAUGCCUGAUGUAACAAAUUCCUAAUUUGAUAUCACCUUGCCUCCCUCUUUGUGUAUUUAAUACAGCCAUUAAUCUCACUACAAGGCUUUACUAAGGAUAAAUUGCUACGUAACCCACUUCAACCUCUUUUGUUCAACCAGGAAGCCAGACGUGUUUCAGCUUUUUAAAAAAUACAUUAUUAUUUCUUUUUUGAAAUUUUAGAAUUUUAAAAUUUGAAAUGGUAAAAUAUAAGAGACUGUAUCUGUUUUGUCUGUUGAAAUUACUUGACUGAAGUUUGCUUUGGAAUAGAGCUUCUGUAUCUUUAAAAAAUACACAGUGAGUCACCCCUGCUCUUGUGGUAGAUGCCUGGCUAGUGAACAGCUAAGCUGCUUUAGGCAUGUAAUAGAACAUUCCAUUUCCUGUUCCCUUGCUGACACAGAGGAGCGCUCCUGCUGGCAAUGAUCUAAUCACAGUGCAGUGGGAAACAUGGCAGUUUGGUAAAACAUGGUGGAGACAGCGGCCGAGAUGGAAGCAUAUGUCCUAGAAGACAUUCUUGAGGUGGAGUCUUUCAUUUUGGAUCAAGAUGAUUUGGAAAAUCCAAUGCUGGAAACGGCUUCCAAGUUACUUUUGUCAGGUACUGCUGAUGGUGCAGACCUCAGGACAGUAGAUCCAGAAACACAAGCCAGACUGGAAGCUUUAUUAGAAGCUGCAGGAAUAGGCAAAUUAUCUACGGCUGAUGGUAAAGCCUUUGCAGAUCCUGAAGUGCUUCGGAGGUUGACGUCAUCUGUUAGUUGUGCGUUGGAUGAAGCUGCUGCUGCACUUACUCGUAUGAGAGCUGAAAGCACAGCAAAUGCAGGGCAGUCGGACAACCGCAGUUUGGCAGAAGCCUGUUCAGAAGGAGAUGUAAAUGCUGUGCGAAAGUUACUCAUUGAAGGGCGAAGUGUAAAUGAACAUACCGAGGAAGGGGAGAGCCUUCUUUGUUUAGCUUGUUCUGCUGGAUAUUAUGAGCUUGCACAGGUUUUGUUGGCAAUGCAUGCGAAUGUGGAAGAUAGGGGGAUCAAAGGUGACAUUACACCCUUAAUGGCUGCUGCUAAUGGAGGACAUGUCAAAAUUGUGAAGUUGCUGCUAGCUCAUAAAGCUGAUGUCAAUGCACAGUCUUCAACAGGCAAUACAGCACUUACAUAUGCUUGUGCUGGAGGGUAUGUAGAUGUUGUAAAGGUGCUCUUGGAAUCCGGUGCUAGUAUUGAGGACCAUAAUGAAAAUGGUCAUACUCCUCUUAUGGAAGCUGGAAGUGCUGGACAUGUGGAAGUAGCCAGAUUGCUGCUAGAAAAUGGGGCUGGCAUUAAUACGCAUUCCAAUGAAUUUAAAGAGAGUGCCCUUACAUUAGCUUGUUACAAAGGACAUCUAGAGAUGGUGCGAUUUCUUUUGGAAGCAGGCGCAGAUCAAGAGCAUAAAACAGAUGAAAUGCACACUGCUUUAAUGGAGGCUUGCAUGGAUGGCCAUGUCGAAGUAGCUAGGUUGCUUCUUGACAGUGGUGCCCAAGUGAACAUGCCUGCUGAUUCAUUUGAAUCGCCGUUGACUUUGGCUGCAUGUGGUGGGCACGUGGAACUUGCAGCUUUGCUUAUUGAGAGAGGAGCUAGCCUGGAAGAAGUCAAUGAUGAAGGCUAUACGCCACUGAUGGAAGCCGCUCGUGAAGGACAUGAAGAAAUGGUGGCUUUACUUUUAGGCCAAGGAGCAAAUAUCAAUGCACAGACAGAAGAAACUCAAGAAACUGCCUUGACUUUGGCUUGCUGUGGAGGCUUUCUGGAAGUGGCAGACUUUUUAAUUAAGGCAGGAGCUGAUAUAGAACUGGGGUGUUCUACCCCUUUAAUGGAAGCUGCUCAAGAGGGUCAUUUGGAGUUAGUUAAAUACUUAUUAGCUGCAGGCUGUGUGUCUAACACCACUGCAGGAGCUAAUGUUCAUGCAACAACAGCAACAGGGGAUACAGCACUAACGUAUGCCUGUGAAAAUGGUCAUACCGAUGUAGCCGAUGUCUUACUUCAGGCAGGAGCAGAUCUGGAGCAUGAAUCUGAAGGUGGAAGAACUCCUUUAAUGAAAGCUGCACGAGCUGGCCAUGUUUGUACUGUUCAGUUCCUAAUUAGUAAAGGAGCAAAUGUGAAUAGAACCACAGCUAAUAACGACCACACUGUCCUGUCCCUGGCCUGUGCAGGGGGCCAUCUGGCAGUGGUGGAACUGCUUCUGGCUCAUGGGGCAGAUCCUACUCACCGUUUAAAAGAUGGCUCGACUAUGUUGAUAGAAGCAGCAAAAGGUGGUCAUACAAGCGUUGUUUGCUAUCUUUUGGACUAUCCUAAUAAUUUGCUUUCAGCCCCUCCACCAGAUGUCACUCAAUUAACCCCCCCAUCCCACGAUUUAAAUAGGGCUCCGCGAGUACCAGUUCAAGCACUGCCCAUGGUUGUCCCGCCUCAGGAGCCUGACAAACCACCUGCCAAUGUUGCCACCACUCUUCCCAUCAGGAAUAAAGCUGCUUCUAAACAAAAGUCCAGCAGCCAUUUGCCAGCAAACAGCCAGGAUGUACAGGGUUACAUCACCAAUCAGUCUCCAGAGAGCAUUGUAGAAGAGGCUCAGGGAAAGUUAACAGAACUGGAACAGAGGAUAAAAGAAGCCAUAGAAAAGAAUGCACAGCUGCAGUCGUUGGAACUGGCUCAUGCUGACCAACUUACCAAGGAGAAGAUCGAGGAGCUGAACAAAACAAGGGAGGAACAAAUCCAGAAGAAACAAAAGAUUUUGGAGGAACUACAGAAAGUAGAACGAGAGUUACAACUGAAAACUCAGCAGCAGCUAAAAAAGCAGUAUCUAGAGGUUAAAGCUCAAAGAAUUCAACUUCAGCAGCAGCAGCAACAGUCUUGCCAACAUCUGGGACUGCUAACUCCAGUUGGGGUUGGAGAACAGCUUUCUGAGGGAGACUAUGCACGGUUGCAGCAAGUGGAUCCCGUUUUGCUUAAAGAUGAACCCCAGCAAACUGCUGCUCAGAUGGGUUUUGCACCAAUCCAGCCUCUGGCCAUGCCUCAAGCUUUGCCUCUGGCGGCAGGUCCCUUGCCUCCAGGGUCCAUCGCAAAUCUUACAGAACUGCAAGGAGUGAUAGUUGGACAGCCAGUACUGGGCCAAGCACAGUUGGCAGGGCUGGGGCAAGGAAUUCUGACAGAAACACAACAAGGGUUAAUGGUAGCCAGCCCUGCUCAGACCCUCAAUGACACGCUGGAUGACAUCAUGGCAGCAGUCAGUGGAAGAGCAUCUGCAAUGUCAAACACUCCUACCCACAGUAUCGCUGCUUCCAUUUCCCAACCUCAGACUCCAACUCCAAGCCCUAUCAUCUCUCCUUCAGCCAUGCUUCCUAUCUACCCUGCCAUUGACAUUGACGCGCAGACUGAGAGUAAUCAUGACACAGCGCUGACGCUUGCCUGUGCUGGUGGUCACGAGGAGCUGGUACAAACUCUGCUAGAAAGAGGAGCUAGUAUUGAGCACCGAGACAAGAAAGGUUUUACUCCACUCAUAUUGGCUGCUACAGCUGGUCAUGUUGGUGUUGUUGAAAUAUUGCUGGACAACGGUGCAGACAUUGAAGCCCAGUCAGAAAGAACCAAGGAUACACCACUAUCUUUGGCUUGUUCUGGGGGAAGACAGGAGGUGGUGGAGCUGUUGUUAGCUCGAGGGGCAAAUAAAGAGCACAGGAAUGUUUCUGAUUACACACCUCUAAGCCUGGCUGCUUCUGGUGGCUAUGUGAACAUUAUCAAAAUAUUACUAAAUGCAGGAGCUGAGAUUAAUUCUAGAACUGGUAGCAAAUUGGGCAUUUCUCCUCUGAUGUUAGCAGCUAUGAAUGGGCACACAGCUGCCGUUAAGCUCCUGUUAGACAUGGGCUCUGACAUUAAUGCUCAAAUAGAAACCAAUCGGAACACUGCCCUUACCUUAGCCUGCUUCCAAGGAAGAACCGAAGUGGUUAGUCUUCUGCUUGAUAGAAAAGCAAAUGUGGAACACAGAGCUAAGACUGGCCUCACACCACUAAUGGAAGCUGCCUCUGGUGGUUAUGCAGAGGUGGGCCGAGUUCUUUUGGACAAAGGUGCUGAUGUUAAUGCCCCUCCAGUGCCCUCCUCGAGAGAUACAGCUUUAACCAUAGCAGCAGAUAAAGGGCAUUAUAAAUUCUGUGAGCUUCUCAUUGGCAGGGGAGCUCAUAUUGAUGUACGUAACAAGAAGGGGAACACUCCAUUGUGGCUGGCAGCAAAUGGCGGACACCUUGACGUGGUUCAGUUACUGGUGCAAGCAGGUGCAGAUGUGGAUGCAGCCGACAACCGCAAGAUAACUCCUCUUAUGGCGGCAUUUAGAAAGGGUCAUGUGAAAGUGGUGCGCUACUUAGUCAAAGAAGUCAAUCAGUUUCCAUCAGACUCUGAAUGUAUGAGAUACAUAGCAACGAUCACUGAUAAGGAGAUGCUGAAGAAGUGUCACCUUUGUAUGGAAUCAAUAGUACAAGCCAAAGAUAGACAGGCUGCUGAAGCAAACAAAAAUGCCAGCAUUCUAUUAGAGGAGCUAGACUUGGAAAAGUUAAGGGAAGAAAGUCGAAGGCUGGCUUUGGCUGCCAAACGAGAAAAGAGAAAGGAGAAGAGACGAAAGAAAAAGGAAGAACAAAGAAGAAAACUAGAAGAAAUUGAAGCCAAAAAUAAAGAAAACUUUGAACUUCAAGCUGCUCAAGAAAAAGAAAAGCAUAAAGUUGAAGAUGAGCCUGAAGUCUUGACAGAGCCUCCAAGUGCCACAACCACUACUACCAUAGGUAUAUCUGCAACCUGGACCACUCUGGCAGGUUCCCAUGGUAAAAGAAAUAAUACCAUAACUACAACCAGUUCAAAGAGGAAAAACAGGAAAAAUAAAAUUACUCCAGAAAACGUUCAAAUUAUAUUUGAUGAUCCACUACCAAUCUCAUACAGUCAGCCAGAGAAGGUGAAUGGAGAGUCCAAGAGCAGCAGUACCAGCGAGAGUGGAGAUAGUGAUAACAUGAGAAUUUCCAGUUGCAGUGAUGAAAGUAGUAACAGCAACAGCAGCCGAAAGAGUGACAAUCAUUCACCUGCCGUGGUCACUACCACUGUGACCAGCAAGAAACAGCCAUCAGUUCUGGUUACAUUUCCCAAGGAGGAGAGAAAAUCUGUUUCUGGCAAGGCUUCAAUAAAAUUGUCAGAGACCAUCAGUGAAGUGACCAGUAAUUCUCUCUCCACUUGCACAAAAUCUGGUCCAUCUCCCCUUUCCUCUCCAAAUGGGAAAUUAACAGUAGCAAGUCCCAAGCGUGGACAGAAGAGGGAAGAAGGAUGGAAAGAGGUUGUAAGAAGGUCAAAGAAAGUAUCUGUUCCGUCAACUGUGAUAUCCAGAGUGAUUGGAAGAGGAGGCUGUAAUAUUAAUGCUAUCCGGGAGUUCACUGGUGCACACAUAGAUAUUGAUAAGCAAAAAGACAAGACGGGAGACCGGAUAAUAACUAUAAGGGGUGGCACUGAAUCAACAAGACAGGCAACUCAGUUGAUCAAUGCUCUGAUCAAGGAUCCAGACAAAGAAAUUGAUGAACUCAUUCCAAAGAAUCGUUUGAAAAGCUCCUCAGCAAAUUCCAAAAUCGGGUCGUCAGCACCUACCACCACCGCUGCUAACAGUUCCUUGAUGGGGAUUAAAAUGACGACGGUAGCUCUGUCAUCAGCAUCUCAAACUGCCACAGCGCUUACUGUGCCUGCAAUUUCUUCUGCAUCUACUCACAAAACCAUUAAGAACCCAGUGAAUAAUGUGAGGCCUGGUUUUCCAGUUUCUCUGCCAUUAGCAUAUCCUCCUCCACAGUUUGCACAUGCUUUGCUUGCUGCUCAGACUUUCCAGCAGAUCCGUCCACCAAGGUUGCCCAUGACCCACUUUGGAGGUACUUUUCCACCAGCUCAAUCCACUUGGGGUCCUUUUCCUGUCAGGCCUUUGAGCCCUGCCAGAGCUACUAACUCGCCUAAGCCUCACAUGGUGCCUCGCCAUAGCAAUCAGAAUAGCAGUGGUUCUCAGGUGAAUUCAGCAGGUUCUUUAACUUCAAGUCCAACAACUACAACCAGUUCAUCAGCUUCAACGGUGCCUGGUACAUCUACAAAUGGCAGUCCGAGUUCACCUUCAGUUAGAAGGCAGCUUUUUGUCACAGUUGUGAAGACAUCCAAUGCCACCACCACAACAGUCACAACCACAGCAAGCAACAACAGCACUGCACCCACGAAUGCCACAUAUCCUAUGCCUACUGCCAAAGAACACUACCCAGUAUCAUCCCCAUCUUCCCCAUCACCACCAGCCCAGCCAGGAGGAGUUUCUAGAAACAGCCCUUUGGAUUGUGGAACAGCAUCUCCCAAUAAAGGGGCAUCUUCCUCUGAACCGGAAGCAGGUAGUCCACCAGUAGUAGAAACAACAAACAGUAGACCUCCAAACAGCAGCAGUUCUUCUGGGAGUUCAUCAGUUCAUUCUGCUCAGCAACAGCCUCCGGGAUCUGCUUCUCAGGAGCCAAGACCACCUCUUCAGCAGUCUCAGGUUCCUCCCCCGGAAGUCAGAAUGACUGUCCCUCCUCUAGCAACCACAAGUUCUGCUCCAGCGGCGGUGCCUUCUACUGCCCCAGUGACUUACCCUAUGCCUCAGACACAAAUGGGAUGCUCCCAGCCUCCUCCUAAAAUGGAACCCCCUGCUAUUAGACCACCCUCUCAUGGCACAACUGCCCCUCACAAGAAUCCAGCUCCAGUGCAGAAUUCAUCUGUUGCAGUCCUCAGUGUCAAUCACAUUAAAAGACCUCACAGUGUUCCCUCCUCUGUCCAGCUACCUUCGACCUUAAGUACACAAAGUGCUUGUCAAAAUUCAGUACAUCCAGCAAAUAAACCUAUUGCUCCCAAUUUCAGUGCCCCCUUACCAUUUGGGCCCUUCAGCACAUUGUUUGAAAACAGCCCGACUUCUGCUCAUGCCUUCUGGGGAGGAUCUGUUGUUUCAUCUCAGUCAACACCAGAAUCUAUGCUAUCAGGAAAAUCCUCAUAUUUGCCAAAUUCAGAUCCUUUACAUCAGUCUGAUACUUCUAAAGCUCCAGGUUUCAGACCACCAUUACAGAGACCUGCUCCCAGUCCCUCAGGUAUUGUCAAUAUGGACUCGCCAUAUGGUUCUGUAACACCUUCCUCUACACAUUUGGGAAACUUUGCCUCAAACCUUUCAGGAGGUCAAAUGUAUGGACCUGGGGCACCCCUUGGAGGAGCACCCACAGCUGCUAACUUUAACAGACAGCAUUUUUCCCCACUUAGUUUGUUGACUCCAUGUUCAUCAGCAUCAAAUGAUUCUCCUGCACAGUCGGUAUCCUCUGGAGUUCGUGCACCUUCUCCUGCCCCAUCAUCAGUACCUUUAGGGUCAGAAAAGCCCAGCAACGUCUCUCAGGAUAGAAAAGUUCCAGUCCCUAUUGGGACGGAACGUUCUGCACGUAUCAGGCAAACUGGAACUUCAGCUCCAUCUGUUAUUGGAAGUAAUUUGUCCACAUCAGUAGGACAUAGUGGCAUCUGGUCCUUUGAAGGGAUUGGUGGCAAUCAAGACAAAGUAGACUGGUGUAACCCUGGGAUGGGAAAUCCUAUGAUUCACAGGCCAAUGUCUGAUCCAGGAGUGUUUUCACAACAUCAAGCAAUGGAGCGAGAGAGUACAGGAAUUGUAACUCCUUCUGGUACAUUCCAUCAGCAUGUUCCUGCAGGAUACAUGGACUUUCCUAAAGUUGGGGGUAUGCCUUUUUCUGUGUAUGGGAAUGCAAUGAUUCCUCCAGUAGCACCACUUCCUGAUGGUGCUGGAGGACCCAUAUUUAAUGGCCCUCAUGCUGCGGACCCCUCUUGGAAUUCCCUGAUAAAGAUGGUUUCAAGCUCCACAGAAAAUAAUGGCCCUCAAACGGUGUGGACUGGACCCUGGGCACCUCACAUGAACAGUGUGCAUAUGAACCAGCUUGGCUGAUGAGGAUCAGCUUGUUAGCCUGCAGAUUCCUUUUCAUUCAGAGGAAAUCACAAGUGGCCGAAAAAAAAAAAUUAUGCUCCCAAAUCAUUCUACUGAUGUGCUUGACUGAAGUGUGUAGGCUUUUUGCAGAAGAACUUACUAACUGACCUAUUUUCUGUGAACAUUUGUGACUGCCCAUUCCCCAUCAUCAUCCGUUUUACCUUAGUUAGCCUUUUUCUUAUCAUUUUUCUUUUUUUCUUUUCCCUCUUCCCCUUUGGACAUAACUUUCUGUUGAAGCUGUUCUUUGGCUGGUUGGUUUUAGUACUGUAAACUGCUUCUGAGCAAACACGGAAAUUUAGCAAAAUUAUGUAAACUUGAUCCUGAAGUUUUAGAAUGGCAAAUAAAUGUACAAUUGUUUACAUAACAGAAAAGGCUAAGCAGAAAGUAAAUUUCAAUAUGUCAGUAUAGAGGCUCUACUUUACGUAGACUUAAAUUAAUGUGAGAUAUGUACCUUCAUAUUCAGAAAUCUGGAUGUUUCCUUCAUACAUUAAACUAUUAAUAAGUAUAACUUUUCUGCUUGUGUAAUUUAAGUAUAAAGUAAAACAAUGGGCAUUAUCAGUGAAUGUUUCCUGACGCUGGCUUUUAAAAUACCCAUGCUGCUCUCCUUUUGAGUUUGUCUGCAGCAAGGCACAUGUAGAGUAAGAAAUUUUAACACUUUUUCCUGUCUUUUUAUUCUCUUGUCACACUUUUAAAACCUAACACACACUUCUCUCUUCACUCUUUGUUUCUCUCCUCACCCUCACCACUAAUACCAGUAAAAUUUUCUUUCUGAUCGUGAAAUAAUUCUAUAAAGAUUUUUACUCUAAUGGCUGCUACAGAGAGAUGGAGAAUCUGCAUCAUCACCUGUGGUUUCUUCUAAUCAUAAUCAGUCUUUCCGAGAAUUUAAAAAGCCACCACUGGUUCCCAGUCAGCAUAUACAAGCUCUUAAUAUACUGUUUAUUAUUAAACAAUUCAAUGUACUAUUUUAUAUUGGAUAAUAUUGAUUCUUAACAUUGGCUUUGGAGUCAUCAGGAGUCAACAUAAAAAUUCCAGUUUUCAAUAAUUUACUUAAAGUUUUUUUUUUUUUUUCCAAAUUUUAAAGCCUUAAUUUCUACACUUGUUUGUAUAUUAUCAGUGAAAGGGAUCAACAGCUAACUUGGGGCAAGUAAUAAAAUAAAUUUGGUAUUUGUCAUUAAGACAACUUAUGGUAGACAUGAAUACACAGGUUACAAAAUAAAGCCUCUGAUUUAACCUGUUUAUGUAAGACACAGGGCCACACUAAACUACUCAGUGGGAUUUAUCUAUUCAUUUCACUUGAAAAAAUAAACAGUAACAUAUUCCAAGAAGAA